AUGUCGAUGUUUUCCCUUUGGGAUGCGAAUGAUGCCAUCACCAGUGGUGAUUCGGAAUCUGGCGGUUCGGACGGCCGCAAGGACGAGUCGCGGGUUAACGAGCUCGCAGACUCGCUCUUAACGGCGUGCGACAACGUUCCGCUGGAGGCGCUGGAGAUUGGGUCCCAGGCGCGCGAACCUGGCGACGCGUAUGCCAAAGCUGGUUACUUCUACUACCGUCUCCAAGCCAUCCUCUCCCCUUCUCGGUUCCCUCCUCCUUCCUAUUUCCCUUCUCUUCCCCUCUCUCGCCACGCAGCGACCCUUAUAAAAUGUCGCCCCGCCAAUCCCUUCUUCGGCGCGUCGCACUCGCUUGCAGAAGAAGAAGAAGCGGACGCAGAGGCGGGCGGAAGCCAAUCAUCCGAGCUUCAAGACUCGAGAACUGAGAGCGACCGAAUUCUCCCAUGCUCUUCCCUCUUCCUUACAGGUCGCCCCGCGAAUCCCUUCUUCGGCGCGUCUCACUCGCUUGCGGAAGAAGAAGCAGCGGACGGAGAGGCGGGCGGAAGCCAAUCAUCCGAGCUUCAAGACUCGAGAACUGAGAGCGACCGAAUUCUCCCAUGCUCUUCCCUCUUCUCUGCAGGUCGCCCCGCCAAUCCCUUCUUUGGCGCGUCUCACUCGCUUGCGGAAGAAGAAGCAGCGGACGGAGAGGCGGGCGGAAGCCAAUCAUCCGAGCCACAAGACUCCAGAACUAAGAGGAAGAGCGAGGAGAGGGGAUCGUGGCGCGGCGGAAGCGGAGGAAGCGGAGGCGGAGCUCUGACACGCGUUUCAAGGAUCGGAGAUCGAGAUUCGAUGAUCGGACGUGUGGCGAUAGGAGCGGAGGAUCUCGAGGAGGAAUGGGGGAGGUCUGGAAGGGAAGCAGAGGACCGGGGGGAUCAAGAGGAGGAUGAAGCGGAGCAAGCAGCACGGCGAGCCAGGGAGGCGGAGCAGACGGAGCAAGCAAAGGAAGCGGAGCAAACGAACCCUGAGUCUGCUGGCCGGCGUGCGGUCUCUGCUGCUAAGGUUGCAGCAGCAGCGGCGGCAGCAGCAGCGGGAUCGGUGAAGUCUCAAGUUGUUACGGGAGUCACGGCUACAGCCACAGCUGCUGCUGUUGCUGCCAACCGGAAUGUCGUCGCAGUGAACGCGGCAAGAAGCGUAGCGGUGAAUGCGGCGAGAACAGUGGCUGGAACGGUAGCAGACACUGUAGCAGAUACGUUAGCAGGAACUGUAGCGGGAACUGUAGCAGGAGAUGUAGCAGUGAACGUAGCACGAUCUGUGGCACGGACGUUCUCUCCUCAGUCCUCUCUCCUCAGCCAGCGCCAAGGUCCUGCUGUGUUGACUCUCAAGCCAAAUCUUCCUCCUCUGUCCCCUCCUGUCACCAACCCAUCUCGCCCUCCUCCCCUCACCCCCUCGUCUCAAUCCCCUCGCCCCACUCCCUCGUCUCAAUCCCCUCGUCCCUCUUCCUCAUCUCGCCCCCCUCCUAUCACUACCGCGUCUCGAUCCCCGCCUCUCACUCCCUCGUCUCAAUCCCCUCGCACUUCUGCUUCUCGACCUCCUCCUAUCAUUACCCCGUCUCGAUCCCCGCCUCUCACUCCCUCGACUCAAUCUCCCCAUCACACUUCUGCAUCUCGCACCCCUCCUCUCAGUCCCUCAUCUCGACCGCCUCCUCUCGCUCCCAAAUCUCAAUCCCCUCGUGUCUCCUCAUCUCGUCCCCCUCCUCUCACUACCCCAUCUCGAUCCCCUCCUCUCACUCCCUCAUCUCGCACCCCUCCUCUCGCUCCCUCGCCUCGAUCCCCUCGUCCCACUCCCCCGUCUCGACCCCCGCCUCUCACUCCCUCGUCUCAAUCCCCUCGUCUCGCCUCAUCUCGUCCCCCUCCUCUCACCACUUCGUCUCGAUCCCCGCCUCUCACUCCCUCAUGUCGGUCCCCUCCUCUCACUCCCUCAUCCCUGUCCCCCCCUCUCACCCCCUCUCACUCCUCCACCGCCUCCCUAUCCCCCUCUGCUCGCCCCUCCAUCCUAAAAUCACCAGCUACCUCCACAGCUUCUUCUCCCACAUUCAGCAAGCGGGUUUCCUGGAACCUUCACCCAGAUAGCCCAUCUGCCCCUGCCAGUGCAACAUCUGGGGGGCCUAGAUCACCAAGGGGAGGGGGGGCGAAGUCAGCGGAAGGAGGGGGUUACCGGGCCAUUGCGCGAAGGGCAUCGUGGCAUGGAGACAGCUCUGAUGACAUGCUUGCUGAUAACCUCCUUGCUGCUAACAUGUUUGCUGCUGAAAUCCCUUCUGCUGUUGAAGGCCGUUCUGCUGUUGAAGGCCGUUCUGCUGUUGAAGGCUGUUCUGCUGUUGACGUCCCUUCUGCUGCUGCGCCUGCAGCUCAAUUCACCGCAGUGAAUCCUCCUUCCAGGCCUUCCAGGAAUCUUCCUUCUUCGAAGCUUCCUGUAAAGAGCGUGAGCUCCGACCAGGUUCGCAGCCGUUUUGCAGCAGCUGGAUAUUCGAGCGAGUCAGAAGCUUCCGGACGUGGGGAAGCUUCCGCAAGAAGAGGAGGAAGAAAGGCGCGUACUGCAUUUGUGGUGGUGCCUAGGCGCAGCGUGCACAAGCGGAACUUAAAGCCCGAAAUGGGGACUCCCCGCGCCUUGCAACUCUCCUUCCUCCUGCUACGCCACACCCCACACUCUCGUCUCCCCAUCCCUCAUCUCCCCUUCCCUCGUCUCCCCAUCCCUCAUCUCCCCUUCCCUCGUCUCCCUAUCCCUCAUCUCCCCUUCCCUCGUCUCCCCAUCCCUCGUCUCCCCAUCCCUCAUCUCCCCAUCCCUCAUCUCCCCUUCCCUCGUCUCCCCAUCCCUCGUCUCCCCAUCCCUCAUCUCCCCAUCCCGCAUAUUCCCAUCCCUCAUCUCCCCUUCCCUCUCCUCCCCGUCCCUCAUCUCCCAAUCCCGCAUCUCCCCAUCCCGCAUCUCCCCAUCCCGCAUCUCCCCAUCCCUCAUCUCCCCAUCCCGCAUCUCCCCAUCCCUCAUCUCCCCAUCCCGCAUCUCCCCAUCCCUUAUCUCCCCAUCCCUCAUCUCCCCAUCCCUCACCUCCCCAUCUCUCACCUCCCCAUCCCUCAUCUCCCCAUGCCUCACCUCUCCAUCGCUCAUCCAUCCAUCCCUCAUCUCCCCAUGCCUCACCCCAUCUCCGCCGUACCCCGUGGCAUCGUCACACGUCGCCAUUUCCCACCUCUUCCUACUUCCCAUCCCCCUCUUCCGCCCUUCCUCCCCCCUUCUCUCAAUCCCUUCCUCUCGCCCUGCCAUCCUACUUCCCAUCCCCCUUUCCUCGUUUCCCCAGACCUCCUUUCCCCAUCCCGUCAUUCACUCUCCCUCCGUUCCCCAUCCUUCCAUUCCCCAUGCCUACUUUCACCAUUCCACCAUACCCCAUUCACCAUACUCCUAACCCCAUCUCCUCCUCACCCCAUCUCCUCCUAUACACAUCCGCUUCUUUCCCCUUCCCUCGUCACCGCGUCCCCUCCUCUCCCCAUCCCCUCCUCUCACCAUCCCCUCUUCUCCCCACCCCCUCCCGUCCUCUCCCCAUCCGCCCAUCCCACCUCACCACUUCCCUCCUCUUCCCAUCCAUCCUCUCCUCAUCCCUCCCCAUCCGUCCUUUCCCCAUCCGAUCCUCUCACCCUCCCCUCCAGGUGUUUCCCACACCGCCCUCGGCCCAGCGGCACCUCUUCAUCCCUUGUGCUUUUCUGCACCAGGGAGCUGCUUGGGGCGCUGUGGGUGGAUGGCGGUGGGCAGAGUCACACAGCAUAG